AGAUGGCUCCACGUAACAACAUAGUUAUUUCACCAGUAACAUGAGUAAAAGAGAAACGAAUUGUUGCGUACUUUUAUUGCUAAAAUUCUAUAAUAUUAAAAUAGCGAAUAUUUAUGUAAAUAAUUAAAUAAAAAAAAAAAAAAGGAAUAAUAAAUUCAUCGUAAUAUUCGCUAUGAUUAAUCAGAUUCUAAAUGGAAAACUUAGUUCUUUUAUAAGACAAGAAAAUGGAUUAACAAAAAGAUCUUUAUUUUAUUGGCUGACCAUAAUUUUUAAUAGUGUCGAUAAGAAAAGAAUUGAAGAGGUUGGUCCUGAUCAAGCUUGUGCUGAAUGGCUCUUGAAAAAUGGAGCUUAUGUCAAAUGGAAAAAUUCUUCUGAGUAUUUAACGAAUUAUAAUGUUUUGAUCAAACAAACAGGAAUAAAUUAUAUACAAAGUGUUAAAGCUGAAAAUUCAGGGAUAACAUAUGUAGGAUUUCCAUAUUUUGAUGGUUGUAAGCAUAUAGAAGAGGUUAAGCUUAUUCGUUCUCGAUACAUUUGCAACAGAGCAAUGUCUUUAUUAUCAUUUUUAAAGGAAUCUCUAACUCAUCUUGAAGUUAUAGAAUGUCCAAGUGUAACUGAUGAGGGAUUGUAUAAAUUGAAAAAACUUGAAAAAUUAAAAAUAUUGAAACUUGAAGGAAUGCCAUAUUUAAAAGAUCCAGCUGAUGUCAGGAAACAAUUAAUGGAAUCUUUACCAAAUACUAAAAUUGAAUUGAAAUGAAAUAUUAAAAUCUUAUCACCGAUAACAUUGUAAUUUUAUUACUAUUUAUUUAUUAAUAAUAUACGAAUAAAUCGAAUAUAAGAAAUCCAAAAAAAGUAGAUUUAAGAAGUGAUAUAUAAUCAUAUAUAUCCCGAAUUUAUAUCAGCGAUAAAUUUAGAUCUCAUUUCGAUAUAACAAUCAAAGUAAAUGAAAAGUUUGUUUUUGUUUACGUAAACAAACAAACAAGUGAGCGUAACUCUAUUGAAAAUAUCAAUUUAAUUCUCUAUUUUAUAUUUAACGCUUAAUUUUGAGUUAUGAAAUGUUUAAAUGAAUGUGUUAUUGUUUGAACAUUAGUAAAUUAUAGUAACGUGAACGUUUCAAAUUAUUUAAACAAAUUCUAAAAUAAUCGAAAGUAUGAUUUAUUUAAGUUUACCAUUAGGAAAGAUAAUGCUUCGAUUUUCACUGUUCGAAAGCCAAAAGACAAACUGUUUCAAUAACAAUCAGUCAAUGAAAAGUUUGUUUUUGUUGAUGUAAAUAGUCUACGAAAGCACGUAUAAAUGUUAAUUUUAAAUAUUAAUUUAAUUCUAUUUAAAAUUGACAAUCAGAUGACUGAAGAAGCUUCUUUAGCCACGAUUUUUGAGGUGGCAUUAUUAUGAUUCUUUUUUUUUCUUUUUUUUUUUUUCACGAAAAAUAUCAAAAGCCAACAUUUACGCCAUCAUUGAGAACAAACGUAAUUCUAGAUCUAUUUUGAUGAACGAUAUCUCGUUAUAAAGACGAAGAUUUAAUCUAGGAUAUACCUUUUUUGAAUAUUUCAAAAAGUUUUAUUUUCAUAUAACUAAUUUAAUUAAUAAAUCAUUUUCACAUA